CAUUAGAAUACACCCAAGUCCACCUGUGUGGAGAGCUGCCACCCUGGAGAGAGCAUGUCUGUCCAACUGGGGAAGCAGGUGUGCUGCUAUGACUGUGUUGCGUGCCCCAACGGGAGGAUUUCGAUCCAGACGGAUGUGAAACAAUGCCAGGAAUGCCCCAAGGACCAGUAUCCAAACAAGAAUCAAGAUAGUUGUAUUCCCAAAACCCUAAGCUACUUGUCUUAUAAGGAACCCUUGGGCUCAAUAUUGACUAGCUUCGCCGUCUUGCUUUCUAUCACCACCAUCGUGGUGAUGAGGACUUUCAUUCAGUACCGCCACACUCCCAUGGUCAAAGCCAACAACUGGAGCAUCACCUGUGCCCUACUCUCUUCUCUCUUCCUCUGCUUCCUAUGUUCCUGCUUAUUCAUUGGACAGCCUGGAACUCUCACCUGCCUUCUGAGACAAAUGGUGUUUGGCAUCGUCUUCUGUGUAUCUGUUGCUUGUGUCUUAGCCAAAACCAUCACUGUGAUAGUAGCCUUCAUGGCCACAAAGCCUGGACUUGGGAUGAGGAGAUGGGUUGGGAAGCGGUUGGCAGGAUCAGUCAUCAUGGUGUCUUCUCUUAUCCAGGCUGGUAUCUGUGUGGUCUGGUUGAUUACCUCUCCCCCCUUCCCAGAGUUUGACAUGCAUUCUGAGACUGACAAAAUCUUAGUUCAAUGUAAUGAAGGUUCAGACCUCAUGUUCUAUCUUGUCCUGGGCUACAUGGGACUGUUAGCUAUCAUAAGUUUCACAGUGGCUUUCUUUGCCCGCAAGUUGCCAGAUACUUUUAAUGAAGCCAAAUUAAUCACUUUCAGCAUGUUGAUGUUUUGCAGUGUUUGGGUGUCUUUUCUGCCAGCCUACCUGAGUACUAAAGGAAAAUACAUGGUAGCUAUGGAGGUCUUCUCCAUCUUGGCUUCCAGUGGUGGCUUGCUGGGUUGUAUCUUCCUUCCCAAAUGUUAUGUUCUUAUUCUAAGGCCUGACCUGAACAACAAGAAGCAAAUGGUAGGGAAAAAGACGAGACACAGAUGACAGAGAAAUCACAUCAUCUUCAAUGACUUCUUCUUUGGAAAAUCUACACAAACAGAAGAAAGAAAUUAAAGUUAUCUUAGACUUGAUAAAUUACCCAGUUUUGCAUUAUUUUCAAGAAAUGUUAGG